GAAAAGGGUUUCGCAUCCCUCUCAAACAAACAGGUGUGAUCUUCUAUUUACAUGCCAUUCUCCUUCGGAGUCACAAGCGCAGGGAAAUGGGGGAUCUGUAUGCCCUGGAUUUCGACGGGGUUCUUUGUGAUAGUUGCGGAGAAAGCUCCCAAUCUGCUCUUAAGGCGGCCAAAGUGAGAUGGCCCAGUCUAUUCGAGACUGUAGAUUCUUCGUUGGAAGGAUGGAUUGUUGAUCAGAUGCACAUUGUUAGGCCUGUUGUUGAAACUGGCUAUGAAAAUGUAUUGCUAGUGAGGCUGCUGUUGGAAAUUAGAGUUCCUUCCGUUCGCAAGUCAUCGGUUGCAGAGGGGCUUACAGUGGAUGAUAUACUUGAAAAUUGGAGGACGAUAAAGCCUGUAGUAAUCGAAGAAUGGAACGAAAACAGAGAUGACCUAAUUGAUCUUUUUGGUAAGGUUAGGGAUGAGUGGAUGGACAAUGAUAUGUGUACUUGGAUUGGAUCAAACAGGUUUUAUCCUGGAGUACCAGAUGCUUUGAAGUUUGCAAGCUCAAAGGUCUACAUUGUGACCACAAAACAGAGCCGCUUUGCAGAUGCACUACUUCGUGAGCUUGCUGGUGUAACUAUUUCCCCUGAUAGAAUUUACGGUCUAGGGACAGGGCCGAAAGUACAAGUGUUGAAACAGCUUCAAGAAAUGCCAGAAAACAAGGGCCUAACCCUACACUUUGUCGAAGAUCGACUUGCAACCUUGAAGAACGUGAUUGAAGAGCCUGAGUUAGAUGGAUGGAAUUUGUAUCUAGUGCGUUGGGGUUACAACACUCCGAAAGAGAGGGAAGAAGCUGCGACAAUUGCUAGAAUUCGCCUUCUCGAGCUCUCUGAUUUUAGCAACAAGUUGAAAUGACAAUCACAAUAUCACUGUGCUAUUAUUUCAAGUUGUAUAUUUUUGCCCAUGCCAAUGCUGGUACUUUAUUGUGCUUUCCUCCGGUGUAUAUUUAUUGAACAUAAUGCAAAUACAUAUGACUAUAAAUCGUUGAAAGAAAUUAGCAUGUGGCUU